CUCGUGAAACCAAUAUAUGAGUAUUACUGCUCAACGUGGUUUGAAGUUAUGAUACAGCCGUAAUAUGGACGUCUCCCAUGAAGGUGUAAAAGAUCCAAUGUUUUAUGCUAGCCAUGUUGAGAGUUAUUGUACACUGAAUGACAAUUGCACCUCAAGGUCCUGGUCUCGUUUUCGUCGGAUUUACGUUUCGCUCGUUUAUUUACUUUUUCGACACUUUCGUCAAACAAGUUAUUUUACACUUCACACCAUUAUGUCAUUUACGGAGAGCGAAAACUGGUUAGCGCUCUUCGAAAGUGUAUCGCGAAUUAGCAAAAGCAAGGGUGCUGAACUCGAUCAAGAAUCUGAUGAAAAACCUUUCACCAGGGCGGAGAUAUCAUACCUCAACAAGUUGCUGAAUUCUAAGCUUUUUGAGACGCACGACUUGGACUUUGAAAUCCUGCGGUCUGACCCCAACCAUCCUCUUCAUUCCGUUCGCACGUUUCAAGAAUUAAACUUAAAGGAACCUCUUCUGAAAGGUAUCGCAGCUAUGGGGUUUUACAAACCAUCCACUAUACAAGAGCGAGCUUUGAGCAGCCUAAUAUCUGACAAAUAUUGGUACAAGGAGGCACCAGAUACAUAUGCGCUAUACAAAUCUCAUUUGAUUUGCAUGAGGGCUGUGAUAUUGCCCGGGUGCCCAAACCGAAGCUGGUGGUUUUCUCAGGGGCAACACGUGGAGCCUUCCCAGGUAAAUGCUUUAUACUUAUGGGCGUGUGAGGGCAUUUCGAGAGAGAGAAACUGGACUCUCGGCCGUACCAGGGCAUUCGGCCCACAAAAUAUGAUUGCACAGUCUCAGUCUGGUACUGGAAAAACAGCAACAUUUCUUCUUGCUAUGUUGUCACGUAUUAGCACAGAUGUACAUUACUGUCAAUGCUUGUGUAUGGCACCUACACGUGAGUUGGCAUUGCAGAUAGAAUCAGUUGGUCGACAAAUGGCACAGUUCAUGACGGAGGUAUCUUUUGCUACAGCAGUCCGUUCACCACGUGGUAUAAUGGAUUUUAUGAAUUAUUUUGUUUUUUGUCCAUAUUAUCAAAACAUAAACUUGUAUUUGCUUCAUGAAAUCUUCAAAAACAGUUAUUUACUUUCGGAUGUCAAUGGAGGGUUUGGGAAGGUUUUCGUAGUAAUCUAUUUUAAAUUGGUACAGUAUAGAAAUUUUGUUUAUUAGUUAGGCUUUCCAACACUAACUGCUUAUUAAUAAUUAUUGACUGGAGUAAAGCACCUUUCUAGCUUCUUAUGACACGCAUUAAGUCAUAGACAACUCGUUUUUCGUUAUUCAUUUGUUUAGUUAAGUUCAGUCUGUAUAGUUAUAUAAUAAUACUAUUACUAAUAAUAAUAGUAACAGUAAUAAUGGUUUCACUCAGUUGUAUCUGCUUGAUACAAUAUAGAAAUUUCAGCCCGAUAUUUCAACAAGUUUCUCUUACACUUAUCCGUCGUAAGAAAUAAAUAUACAUGCACAUAUACGUAAUAUAGGCAAUUAAAAGUAUAUAAAAUUAAUUGAAAUAUUUUAGGAAAAUAUUCUGUACAGCAUUAAAUCAGUAAUAGGUUUAGAAGUAUAAGUUUUCGAUUAGGUCAUCUCGUACAAUCUGUUCGUUGCAAUGGUUCGUACUGCUUUGUAAAUGUGCGUGAAUAAGCCAUAGGGCUUGUUGACAGUGAAUUUAAAGGGAAUAAAGGUAACCUGUUGAAAUAUUCGAUUGCUGAGAAAAAGUAGGUAUCCCAGAUAUACAAGCAAGCUUACUGGUGAAGUAUUUAGCUUUCAAUUAGUGGUACGUCGACCCUCCCAUUAUCUAUCUGAGCAACAUCGUCAGUCCUCACAUUCGGAAAAAUGUAGCUCAAAGCCAGGUACGCGAUCUUGAUCUUUAUAAUAAGCUUAAAUCAUAUCAACCAGAUAGUUAAGAAAAUAUCAAUCUUCUAAAGAGAGUUCUAAGCAGAAGUAUUCAAAUAUUUUUCAGAUGUUUAUUUAAAGUAGCGUAUUUGAUAUGAUAACUUUAUUUCAGUGAGUUUGUUUAUUACUGCAUGGUUUUUAAUUUUGAAAAUCCAUGUUUUAGUCAAAGUCGAUUCGAAUGGGUACGUAACUGAUCAGAUUGUUAUUGGUACUCCGGGUACAAUCGCGAAUUGGUUUCGUGGUACAGGAGAGUAUCGUAUUGAUCCAUCCAAAGUUGUUAUGUUUGUAUUAGAUGAAGCUGACAUAAUGAUAGAAGAAGAAGGUUUUCUCAAUAUAUGCAUGCGGGUUAAAAAGCAAGUUAGAGGAUUUUUUGUUUUUCCUUUCCUUUAUAAUUCUAAUCGACCAUUUUUUAAAGUAGAAGGUUUGGAUGCCUGCUUUUUAAGAUAAACUGAUUAUUAUUUACUUUAUGGUUGGUUGUUUCCGUUUUUUGAUUAUCACUUUUCAAUAUUAGUGAACUAUUUGCUAACUGGAAUGGCGUUUGAGAAUUAAAAUGUCGCUCUGACCCUGAAAGUAUAUUUCACUAAACAUGGGUGUACCCGUUUUUAACCUUCAGCCGUCAUUGUGAAUGAUUUUCUAAAAUAUCGGGGUAAAUUUAAUCGCUCAUGGGUUUUUUAUUAAACUUAAAGGAUUCGUCUCCUUGUGCCGGGGAUUUCAGGUAUGCUUUCAUGAAGAGGACUAUGUAUUGUUGUAAUACAUUUGGACUGGAAAAUUGUCAAUACUGUAGUUAGCAAUUCAGAUUGCUACUGAUACCAGUUUCUUGCCACUAUUCACUAACAAUUUAAAUUUCAGCGGAAAGAGAAAUGCUUAGCUUAUAUUUUUAUUGACCAGCAAAUCCUUAACUUGACUGAAAACCGAUUAAAUAUUUAUAAAUGUAUUUAUUCUGGGAAAUACGUGGACUGAACUCUAUCUCAGAAUUCGUGCGGUACUAGGGAAAUAGUUUUCGGAGCGUACUGACGAGUUGCAAACAGCAGCUUCAUCUGGUGACUGCUGGAAGCUCUUUCGCCUCAUCCAAGUCGCUGGCAGUAAGUAGUCUGUUGCGAGCGGAAUAAUCUAUGAAGUUUAUGAGAUACCAAUCAAGAACAUCUACCAAGGUCUUGAACGACGGGUCGGGUUAUUCGAGGAACAUUUCGACUGGUCUGCUACUGAUCUUAUCCCACUCAUCACAUAUAUGUAGCUUAUUUUUGUGUGACUAUAAAUAUUGAUUAACUCUCGGUUAAGUCGAAUUGGCUCAUCCUCCAUUUCCACCGCGCGUCAUUUCGCUUCGCUCUCUUCGCUUCGUUCAUCUAAUUGUCUGUCCAGAUGAGUGUACAAAGUAUACGUGUUCAAAACUCCGUUCUCUUAUUUCACUUAUUUAAUUCCGUUAUACCCUAAAGCGGAUCAGGCCGAUAAUUUUAUACGAGGAUAGACGAUAUGUAUAUUUCAGUAACAAUCAAUCAUAGAAUCUAAUUGGAGUCAGAUCUCGGGCCACAAAAAUCUAAUCUUUCUUACAUUUUUUUUGUAAGUAACUAGCUUCGUUCUUGUCUAUUUGGAAUACUCACUAAAGUUCAUUUUUGUUUAAGUAAUCAUGUUUUAAUACUUGUAGAAAUCCCAAUUCUUUCCAGUUUCCAUCCUAGUCAGAACGACUCAAAAAGUAAAUAGAUAGUGUCAGACUUGUAUUCAAUUAUUACUAAACUGAACUUAAGUUAAUAAAAUAUUUAAUAUAAAUAUUUCGUUAUUAUUAGAGUAUACGUUAUUUAAAAGACUAGUAUUUGAACGAUGAAUAUUCUUUUCGAUAAAUUCUCUUCAGGUUCUACAAUUAUAUAUCCAAAUUAAUAAUCCGAAAAAUGGCCAGGUUAAGGGCAAAGUACAUCGUUUAGAGCAUGUGAAUUUAGGAUUGUGAUAAACAAAAUACAAUAAAAUUAUUAAUGUUAAUAUGACUCAUAUAGAAUGUUAACUUGAAUCAGCUUAUAUGUUAAGUAAAAUUUUAAGACCCAUGAUCAGAAUAAAUAUGGGUCAAGUAGGGUGAGAGAGAAAUAAUAGUGCAAUUACAAUUCGAUCAAAUAAGAUCAAAGGAUAGACAGACACCAUCAUCCAUUGCAACACAUUUGAUUGAGACGGGUCAUUUGUGUUGUGCAAAUGCCUUCAAGGACGUAUACUAAGGUUUAUUAAAGCCUUGGCUAUACGAAAAUUGAAACCCCCUUUAUGCGUUCAAAAACAAUUUGUGCUUACACGUAACCUACCCUGGUAGUACCGAUUUACUAUCCGGAGUGGUAAUCACGUUUGGUUUUGUGUACUUUAAUAUUUUUCCUUUGUUAUGACUUACCCUUAACCUGUCUAGUUGACCUUUUAAUUUUCAUAUAUAAAUGUUGUUAACAAGUAUAUGUGUGAUCAGAUUGUUCGAAAUGUAUUGCGCAAAUAUAUCACAUAAUUCUGAUAAACUACGUUUUCUCAUUGCAUUAUCGAAAUUUAACAUGUAAGCUGAUUCAAGUUAACAUUCUAUAUGAGUCAUAUUAACAUUAAUAAUUUUAUUGUAUUUUGUUUAUCACAAUCCUAAAUUCACAUGCUCUAAACGAUGUACUUUGCCCUUAACCUGGCCAUUUUUCGGAUUAUUAAUUUGGAUAUAUAAUUGUAGAACCUGAAGAGAAUUUAUCGAAAAGAAUAUUCUUCGUUCAAAUACUAGUCUUUUAAUAUGACGGGGAUCUUUAUACGUUAUUUCAUGUUAUUUCAUACCUGUACCAACUCCGUAGGAAGUUGUCUAGAAAUUGCCAAAUCCUAUUGUUCUCAGCUACGUAUGAGGAUUCCAUUAUUGAUUUUGCACAUGAGUUUGUUCCCAAUCCGAUAGAGUUUCGCGUAAAGCGUACACAACUUCCUUUGAAGAAUAUUAAACAGUUUUACAUGUGCUUUAAUGAUUGGAUUGAAAAGUAUCAGGCGCUAAAAGAUAUAUAUGGAGGUUUUGAAGUUGGCCAAGCAAUUAUAUUUUGUGCAGUAAGUUUUAUAUUUUGUUGAAUUUUUAGCUGAUUAAACAUAACUAUCGUAUCAACGUCGUUGUCCAACUGAUGAAUAUAAUUGAAUUCAUCGUGGUUCGUUCUUAGUUAGCAAAUUAAUCUAUGAAGAAGAUCCUCACCCGGAUGUAUACUGUAAAUGAUAAAAACCUGGUCCAUCAAAGCUUUGGGAUUGUUAUGUGUUCUGCGCAGAUUAAUAAUACUGUCACUUAGGAGGGUUAGGGAACGGUUAAAUCAGCUGGAAAGAAAAGUCGAAUCGUUCAGAAAAUCAAGCAAUAAUGUCAAUUUUUUCAUAUUUGGUCAUAUUUAUAUGAUUUUUGGGUAAACAUAACAACUGAACAGCUUAAUUCAGAGAGCUGAAAGUUUUUUCAAGUCGUAAAUUUAUGAUUGAGAGUAUUCCACCGUCUUAUUUUACUCAUUACUCAAUGUCAUGUAGAGAUAGUUUACCUGAGUGGCUUUUAUAUCAUCUUCCCAACCUUACUUAUUUCGUCUGUUGAUUUUUGGCUACUAACUAAUAGCAAGUAGUUCAACUACAUUUCAUUAUUUCUACGUUGUGCGUUAUUUAGUACUCACAACGAAUCAAAUCUCCGUUUGUAUUUGUAUUUCGACGUUUUAUUUUGUUUGUUCAAUACUUUAACUACCCAUCAAAAUCAAUCUACUCCUACUGUAGUGCUUCAAAGAAUAACAUUGUUUCGGUCAAUUCAAAUUGAUCUAUACAUGUCUAAAAUACAUUUGUGCAUGAUGCAGCAGAUCAAGCAGCAACCUGUAUUUAUAAUUUUCACUGUAAAAAAGUUCCAUAGCAUGACCUUUAGGCAUCAGUUCCGUUAUUAACAGACUGUAAACUAUUGCUACCAGUGUUUGGAUCAGCGAAGUUACUCCUUGUAUUUACUGCAUUCGGUUUACAGCGACAAGCAGCAAUUACAAUAAUAGUAAUCACCCGUUAGAAAAAUGCAUCAUCACGACUGUUUGGUCAACACACUGAACCAAUAGUGGACAGUUUAGCAGCGGUCAAAAAAUCUGAAUUAGGAGUCUAUCGUGCGUUUAGUGAAAGUUUGUUGUCUAUUAGUUGACUUCAAGGCGAUGGGAGACAGGUAUAUUUUUUCCGUUCAAAAGGCCUAGUUCUUGUUUUUAGUGAAAAAUUGUAGGAUAUUUUCCUCAGAAUUGUGGAUGAAUGUCAUGUGUGUGCCACGUGUCGUAAUUGUCCAAUUUUUCCAGCGAUCUCACAGUGGUCAUUCAAAACGUCAAGUUGAAAGUACCCCCACAGUUCCGAAGGUCUUAUUCCUGAACAUUGAAUUUGAGGGCGAUACGUCUGCGGAGAUAAUAAAAAAUAGACAAUCUAGGCCUCUGAUGAAGACAUUUCAUCUAGCGAAGCUCUGAAUUUGUUCUUAAGUAAAAGUGUCAUUUGGGUAAGUAUCAAGAAAGUUGAUGUUUUGGAGCCUAUUAAUACCUACUUAUCAGUUUACAUGCCCUUGUAGAGCAGGCUGUAUUGGUUUUACAAUGCGUACACUUGGUAAAGGAAUAUCUGAAAAUUACCCGGUAUAGCUAUUUUAAGGAGAAUGUAAAGUGAUCGAUAGCUUAAUCCUUGAAUACAUGGUCAACUCGGGUCUGUUGCCACUACAAGAGUUAACACACAAGAUUAUCUACUAUGUUGAAAGAACUGACUCGAAUAAGGUUUGGACUAGGAAUUCGUGCACAGCUGGGGCUACAGCAAUUCACCACUUCAGACUUGACCUCUGCGUAUAAAAGAAUCCUGUCCAAUCCCUUGUUAUUUUAUGGCCUUAGUACCCCUUUGGAUUUCACCAGUCGUAAGUGGUAAUUAAUUUCUUACUCAUCUCUCUUUCUUUCUCCGUUUCAAGUUGAUAAUCGUACUUUGCAUCCGUUGUAAACAUUAUCAUUUCUUGUUACUUCUGAAACUUUCAUUUCUUUGAUAAAGUUUGAUCGUUUUACAAGAUGAUGCGAUACCUAUCGUAUUCAAUAUUAGAUUUCUGAUAGCUUUGAUCACUUUGAAAUAACACACUUCUAUUUCUAGACUGUUAUAUUCAAUGCUUGAAAUCUUUUGAUAAUUUUUGAUCACUUUAUCAAAUACGACAUCACAUCAUGUUUAUAGACAUUUACAUUCGAUACUCGAAUGCAUUCGACCAUCGUUGAUAAUGAUGUAAUACUCUCUUGUUUUCUUAUAAACUAUUAAAUGUAGGCAAUUGUCUAUAAAUGCGACUGUACAGCUCCAUAAAAUGAUGUCGAAAAGAGAAUUUUAAUCGCUAAUGCAUCUUCCAUCCAGUUAUUUUAUUUCUCAAUCUGACUAGUUGAAUCUCUAGUUUGUGAUAAAUAUUAGUAUCUUUCAGCAGCCUCUGAAGUUUCAACGCCGCUGUUGGCCAUAUAAAAUGUUCCCUUAGUUUCUGUAACUGUACUAGACGUGGAAGUAAACAUUUUAGAGGGUUCAAAAUGCAUAUUUUUAUGGAGACCAAGUCACUGUCCAGAAUGUCGACGUUUCAGACGUUCAAUGUAACAGAAUCAAAAGUAAUAAUUUCCCUCUUUGUCCUCGUUGAAUUUUCUUUAUACACUCAACUCUUUAGGACUUUUUUCAUCUUGGAUGGUUUUUUAACUCUUGAUUUGAGAUGUUUAGUUUAUUUUUGCUGUUUGGACACUAACACUUGACUUAGCAAUUUUGUUUCCUUUAUUCAUAGUAAAUCCUGUAGUUUUAUCUUUAUUCUCUUAUUUCAAGUAUAUACUUUAUCUUUGAUUGUGCUUUUGAUAGAGUAAAUGACUUCCAGUUACCUGACGAUUGAGUAUUUGGCUCGGUGUGAAAUAUAAGCGUAACUCAAUUAAUUUGUGUGGAAAAUAUCGUACCAUGAAUAGCCUUUUUGAAAAAUGCCUACCAAACGUUCGUUACUUGAUUUCAAAAAGUUGUUUUAGUAAGCUUGUGUACAACUUCUAGUGAUCGAAAGUACCAGCGUUAAAAAAAGUCAAGGAGCUGUUUACUGGUUCUUAACACCUUUGUUCUUUAAGUACUCAACUAGUUGUGUUCAUGGAUGCGUAUUUAUUACAGAUCACUCAGCUCUACUUUCCUACGAACAUAUUUAAAAUAUGCACUCUUAGUUGUUAAAUUAAUCAGUCUUCCAAAUUGCCCAUAUUGUGCUUAUUUUUCAGAAUGUACAUAAAUAUCUGUACACAUUGUUCGAGGACAAAACUACAAACACACAGUUUUCACAAAUUGAUCUUUUUGUCUUGAACCUCUCCCGAUUUUUUUAAUCCAUUGUUUAGACACGACAGGAAGCUAGUUGGCUGGACGGGAAAAUGAAUUUGGAUGGUCAUAAAGUCUACAUACUUUCCGGUGAUUUAGAUGUUUCUCAACGCGAAAAAGUCAUUGAAGAUUUUCGUUCAUCAAAUUUCCGAGUUUUAAUUACAACUAAUGUGUGUUCUCGAGGUUUGUUUCUUAUCUUAGUGUUAAUUUCUGUUAUGCUCUUACGGUUGCUAUGUUUGAAGCGAUUACAAGAUCACCUGAAAUCGGCGAAGGGAUCGAAGGAACAGCGACAUAACGACAAGAUAAGCUAAACUGCUCCGAUGCGUCCCAACCCUGCUAACUAGAGGAAUGAGAUCCAGUUUAGAUGGAAGAAAGGUAUAUUCCACAGCACAUAGAAGCACGAACAACCACAAGCACACAACUCAAGCGUAUACAUACAGCAUAAAAGUUUCCUUGGGAAACGUCAGAAAAUAGCAUGUUAAAAGAGGCAACCAACCAAUGACGUUUAGGGUCCUUUCUAAUGGGAAAUACUAUCUGAAAGUAAAAGUGGAUGCUUUUGGCGCGAAAACGAGGAGUUCAAACUUCCAAAGUAAACUUACAAAAAUAAGACGUUUGUCAAGUGAUUUCUGGGGAUCUGGCAUCCUCAACAACGGCCUGUCGAUAUAACGUGAUAAGAUCGACAAUCAGGGUACCGGCUUAUACGACCUUAGCCUUGUGCUAAAUCAAUGCCACGUUAGUCAGCAUGAGCAGUCUAGAUUCAACUCUAAGUUCUUAUUGGUUCUUCUCGCCUAGUACUGCCCAUUGAGUCCAGAACACAAUCUUAGCUUCCACUGUUCGAAUAAUAUAUUACAGACGUACACAGUUUAUAUACAAAGGAAUGAGACUGCAUCACACCAUAAAAUAGAAAAUAACAAUCAUGCAAGAUCAUGUCAAAAGUGGCUGUGAGUGUGAGAGACUGUAUACAUUGAGAAUAACUUGAGAAUAGGAAAUUAUAUAAUAGUAGUAGUCAAUAGGUCAAAUGAAAUUUUAUAAUAAAAGAAAUAUAAAUACAUAUAAUCUAGUCACUUAAUAGUUAUACAAGAGUAUAUAUACAUAUAUAUUCCAAUCAACAUAUGCUCACUAGUGACUGGCUUCAAGACGUAUAUCCUGGAGUUCUAGUGAGAAGCAGUGACCAAUAGAGUUCAACCGGGUCAGUUGUGAGAUCACAAUAGUGGAUGUGUCGCUCAAUUUCGUGAAUUAGUUGAAGUUAGACAUUAACACUGUUGGAUACCGGCUCAGUGGUCUAGCGGCCAGGCGCUCUCGCGCGAGACUGAUAGGCCCUGGUUUGAAAUCCCGCGAGAAGGGGCCGUGGGUGCGCACUGCUGGGGAGUCUCACAAUAGGACUAGCCGACCGUCCAGUGCUUCCAGGUUUUCCAUGGUGGUCCAGUCUCAAUUGACUCAUCUAUUCUUCGUUAGGAUAUAACAGCGUCUAUUAUGCUAUGACAAUUUAUACAUAAUAAUAGUUCCUAUAAAGUGUUUAUCAUCUAUAACACAUACUAUUAAUAUUCGACUUCUUUUUAUAAUAGAUGUUUUUCAAUUCUGAGGAUACAUAUGAUGCCGAAAUUAUUGGGAGAUACUAGAACUAAUUAGUUUAUUUCAUGCUUUUAAAAAAAAAUCUAGUCAAUUGUCUUAUAACAACAUUCUGCUUACAAACUAACUGUUGAUGUGUUUUAAUGUUAUCUUCUGGAUGAACUUGUCGUACGUUUCUUUUAGAUUAGUAGGUAGGACGUUAUUAGUUUAUUUGGUUGUAUAUCAUUUCAUUGAGAAAUGGAUUCUUCAAUCAUUUGAACUUCUUUAUAAAAUACUAAUUGGUUUGUCUUUACUUUGUUUACAUUAACUAAUAUAAUAUAAGAUUUAUAUCAGAAGGGAUUUUUUGAAUAUUGUAGUAAUUUUAAUGGUGGAGAUCAUGAGUCAAUUAAAACUAGACUAUGUUAGGUCCCGAUAAGCAUAAUGAAUGGUAACCUUUGGAUCCAUUUAUGGACCAAUACUUAACGUAUAUUUUUAUAGUAUAAUUGUUAAAUAACUAAACUAUUCAUAUUCCUCUUAUUAUAAGCUUUGUUUUGACCGAUGAACUAUUAUUAUACAAUUUACCAUACUUGAAUUAUGCCCUGUCUAUUAAUCACUACCUCCCAAAUUCACAGCCACAUUUGGCCAAAUUUUGUACAAAUGUUAUUUUCUAUUUUAUGCUACUUUGUGGUCUAUUUGACUGGCAUAUAAACCGAGUUUGUUUGAAAUAUAAUGAUUUAUAUUGCAGAGGCUGGGACUGGUGUUCUGGACUUAAGUGGCUGGGCUAGGUGGAAAGCAGUACCAAUCAGGACUCUAGGCUGCUCGCACGUGUUUUACACGUCAUUGGUCCGAUCGAUAAUUCACUGCUCUCUGAUUGGGGGCAUUAUUACGUUACACAUUAACAAGGCACUCAUACCACAAGAUAUAACAGACUAUCAUAGAAAACGGCCAUCCAGUACUUCCAGGUUUUCUAUGAUGGUCUAGCUUCAAUUGACUCAUGAUUUCAACCAUUGAAAUAUAAGAUUUACCAAAUUUAAAAGAUGUGAUUAUUUUGUUAGCAAUUUGUUAUUUACAUUCUAUACUUUUCCACACUUGAUUCGUUUGUUUUUUUUUAUAGAUUUUUUUAAUGUGAAUAAUUUUUUAUCUUGAAGGCUUAGAUAUUCCACAAGUGAAUUUAAUAAUAAAUUGGAAUAUGCCAACAACAAGAACUGGUAGUGCUGAUUGGGAAACUUAUUUACAUCGUAUCGGUAGAUCCGGUCGUUUUGGAAAAGAAGGAAUAGCAGUCAAUUUUAUAGUGAAUGAAGAAAUGUACUUGUUAAAAGAAUUAGAAUCACAUUUUGGUUAGUUGUUAAACUUCAUGUUUUUUGUUCUUUUGCAAUUGACGAGAAAGUUUAUUAUCAUAACUUGUAGAUAAUUGAUUAUCUUCACCUAUUGUCCUCUCAUUUUUAUACCUCAGGUUUUGUGUGAUCGUUGCUCUUAUUACAUCAAAAUAUCGUAAUAUACAUUGGAUCUUUAAAGAUAGAAAUUUAUUUAGGCUUUCUCUUCAGCUAUAACUUAUUCUGUUAAUGUGAGUUUCAAGAGCAGAUGAUAUAGCGAAUUCAUCAGAAACCAACUGUAAAAGUGUUUUGUUAAAUGGUCAUGUUGGGUGUACAGUUUAUUUAUGGAUCUUUUCUUACGUUAUUCUUUUAUUGACAGACAUAAUGGAAAUUAUGACAUUCAAUCGUUUUAUAACUGUUUAUGGUGAGGCGAUAAGCACAUAUGCAUAUAAAUAUUGGUAAAAAUAUUUCUAUUGGCUUCUAGGUACACAAUCGGUUAACCUCUUUCAUAUAGGAUGGUAAAUAAAGUCCAGUUAGAUGCAAUCGUUGAUCACAAAUUGACUUGAAUACUGUGCCUUCAAUUUUAUACGAACCGAAAGAUAUAACGAAGAAGUACUAGAAAAUUGAAUUACAUUAAUUGGGACAAGCAUUACAUUAGAUAGUGUUUGUCUUGGAUUACGUCUAGUUAUUGUUAUUAUUUAUUUAUGUAUAGUUUAUCUCUAUUGUUUAUUUGAUGGAAUAUUAAAAUUUGAUGCAAUAAACAACAUAUACUGUAAGCGUUUUAAUCAUUUACAUUAUGAUUUAUUUAACAUUUAUUCUAAUUCUGUUUUAAUAUUAGAAAUAGAAAUUCCUGAAUUAACUGCUGAUGAUUUGAACAGAUUUUAAUUGAAGAUCCAUUGGUUUGUCAUAUAUAUUUUUUUGUAUUUCUUCUCAGUUCUGAUGUCACCAUCAGAUAUUGUAUCAUCAUUUUUCUGUCGGUCAGUGUUGAUUUUAUUAUCAGAGUUUAAAAUAUAUUACUUCUGAUAUCUAA